AUGGCAGCAUAUGCCUCGGCCAUGAAAACGGAGUCUCAAUGUCCAAAAGAGUUUCAACCAGCUAAUCCGAGAACAAAAGUGGAACUUCAUUUCCUUAGACGGGAUGAAAACUAUUUUGAACCGAAUAAGCCCCAAAGUGUGUUUCAUGGUAUUGGAAGAACUCUUGGAAGUAACAACUCAAGCUCUACUCCUUCUAAGCCAACUGUUGCUGCCAGUAGUAUUACCAAUGCACUACCCCCAUCUAUGGGGCUUAUUGUGGAUUCAACGUUUCCAACAACCUCUAUUCAGAUAAGGUUUUCGGAGGUUACGCUCAUGGUCUCACGCUUCAAUUACCAUCAUACAAUCAGAGAUGUCUGUGGGUUCGUUGAUGCACAACGGCCAUGGUUUCUGCCGCAAAGCUUGAGUUAG